ACCCCAAUUGCUCAGCGUAAGUUGCCUCUCUACUUUCUCUCUCUCUAUAAAUAACUAUAUAUAUUGUAUCUAUAGGUUUCGCAAUUUUUUGCAUCUUUAGGGUUUCACUAUUACGACGGGUCGGACCCACCAACCAAUUCACAUCACCCGACUACAACCCCCACUAGGUAUUGAGAUCCAUGUUUUGAAUUGGAUUCUUAUAGAGCAUUCUUAGGUUUAAUUUUGUAUUUUCACCGUUACCGUCCACUCUCGCGUUUGGAUUUCAAUCUAGGGUUUGGAUAUUGCUUUUGCUAAUCAGACAAAAAUUCAGAUUUCUGAAUUUAGACAUGAACUGAAUGAUUGUUGAAGUUAGGGUUUUAUUGGAGUGAAAUCCUGGUAUAAUUUAGCUACCGGUUGAGUGGAAAAAUUAUCACAAUUUUUUUGGUAGAAAUUAAGAUUUUCGUAUCGCGGAUAUCAUAAAAUUUUAUUGGAUACACUGAAAAGUUUUAUAUUUUGGAAUUUUUUGAAGUUGGCCUGUUUAUAACAUACGAUUGGGUUUGAAAAAAAAAAAGAAGGAAAAAGAAAGGCUAAUAAAUGUAAAAAGAUUAAUUUACGGCACCAACUAUUCCUAUAGAACACACUGGACGGAGGUAAUUAAAUAAUUGCUCAAAAACUGUAGCAGCAGCUAUGAUGGGGAAAACACGGAAGGUUACAAAGGGGUAUACGUCUGGUUUUGUGCCAGAUUACAGGCAUGCAGUUGAGACAGUGGCUGAAUCUGAAGGUUUUGGAAGUUCGGGCAGGGUUAACACUGAAAUGGCAGCUGCGGAGGAUUUUUAUGCUCGGGAAGGAAAGUGCAUUAGCUUAAAUGAUGAUGCUUAUGAUAGCUUCAAUGUGCCAAUUCAAGUAAUGUCUUUGUCUAAGAUGUCGCACUUGGAGAAGAGGGAUUUGGAGAUGAGGUUGAAAAAGGAGCUCGAACAAGUUAAGAUGCUUCAGGCAAAGAUAACUUCAUCUGGCUCAAAUGCCGUGAGAGCUUCACCUACUAGUGAUAUACGUAGCUAUAGUGAAGGACUAAAAAGACCUGUUGCUGUGGAAAGUUAUCCUAUGUCUAUGAAUAAAAUGGCUGCAGCGCCAGGGAAAAAGUUUACUCCAGGAAGAAAUGGGCAUCACACAAAAGUUGGGGCUGUAGAAGGUAGGCGAACUGGGUUUGUGAAGCAGGGUCUGCCUCAGAAUACCAAUUUUGUGAUGUUGAUGAAACAGUGCGAGACACUGCUAAAUCGGUUGAUGGCUCAUCAGUAUGGUUGGGUCUUCAAUGAACCUGUUGAUACUGUAAAAUUUAACAUUCCAGAUUACUUCAAUGUUAUUAAGCAUCCAAUGGAUUUGGGCACAAUAAGAAAAAAGUUACUUUCGGGUGAGUAUUCCAGUCUGAUGGGGUUUGCUGCGGAUGUGAGGCUCACAUUCGAAAAUGCAUUGACUUACAACCCACGUGGAAAUGAUUUCCAUUUCAUGGCCGAGGCAAUGAAAAAAUUCUUUGAAGUGAGAUGGAAACCAAUUGAGAAGAAGAUCCCCAUAAUGGCAGAUGAAUCCCAGCCUUCAAGAUCAAGCGUUAUUAUAGAAGCUGAAACUGACUCUUUCGUUCCUCCUACUAAAAAGCAGAAAAGUACAUCUGCUGAGAACAAGGUCAAGAAAAAACCAGUUAAGCAUGCAAUGAGCGAUGCCAAGAAGCAAAAACUGGGCACGGAAUUAGAGACCUUACUUGCAGAAUUACCUGAAAAUAUUAUUGAGUUUUUGAAAGAGAGUAGUUUGAAUGGGAAUCAAGUAAGUGAGGAUGAGAUUGAAAUUGAUAUUGACACUCUCGGCCAUGAUACCCUUUUCACACUACGAAGGAUGUUGGAUGAGUAUUUACUGGAGAAGCAAAAAAAUCAGGCAACAGCUGAGCCAUGUGAAAUGGAGAUUCGAAAUGUCUCGGGAUUGAGCAAUUCAUCUGUGGAACCUUGCAAGGGCAAGGAAACAGCUCACGAGGAUGAAGAUAUCGGUGGAAUUGAUCCUCCUAUCUCAAGUUUUCCUGCCUUGACUGAGGACAAUGCUGAAAGAAACAGGAAAUGCAGUACUUCGAGUAGCUCCAGUAGCGAGUCAGAUUCAGAUGUGAGAAGUUUAGCUGUUGGUGAAUCAGAUAAUGUCAAAGAUUCAGUUCCUGGAGGUACUGCAAAGUUUUUUUUUUUUUUUUUUUUUUUAAACUUUUGUACAUUAUUCAUUAUAACAUUUUCCAAGUUCACUGCAGAGUCCUUGGAUGGCCACGCUGAGCAACAAUCACUUUCAAACUUUGUCUCUGUUGAGCCUAUUGGUCCUGAAGAGGGGGAGAGCACUCCACCUGAGAGGCAAGUCUCCCCUGAAAAGCUGUACCGAGCAGCUUUGUUGAGAAGUCGAUUUGCUGAUAUUAUAAUCAAAGCUCAAGAGAAUACCCUUGAAAAGGGUGAAAAGCAGGAUCCGGAGAAGUUGAGGCUGGAGAUGGAAGAGCUUGAAAGGAGGAGAAAAGAAGAGAAAGCUCGUCUGCAAGCAGAAGCCAAGGCUGCAGAAGAGGCUCGAAGAAAAGCUGAAGAAGAAGCUGCAGCAGAAGCCAAAAGGCAAAGAGAACUUGAAAGGGAAGCAGCACGUCAGGCUCUGCUGAAGAUGGAGAAGACAGUUGAUAUUAAUGAGAAUAGUCAGUUUAUGGAAGAUUUAGAAAUGUUCAGAGCUGCUCCGGACAAGCAUAUACAAAGCUUCGUAGAGGAGAUGAGCCCAGAACACUCUCAAAAUGGUCUUGGUAGUUUCAAAUUUCAGGCCAGUAGUAACCCACUGGAGCAACUUGGAUUAUAUAUGAAGAUGGAUGAUGAUGAGGAAGACGAAGGUGAGCCCAAAAGCACUCCCAAUGCUCCAAAUGAUCCGGAAGAAGGAGAGAUAGAUUGAUUCAAGUAUAUUUAAUAUGGGCCAGUUGAGAAGUGAAACUAGAUCGCAGUGAUCAUCCUUAGAACUUUCUGCAUCCUGUGGUGGAUUGUCCCUGAUUUGGGAAAGUAAUUGUACAUCAGUUGCUGUCCGUUAUUUGUUUGUCUUCUUUUUGUUCCGUAUGCUAUGGCUCAGGAUAAAUGGAAAAUACGGAGUUUGCAGUAGUGACCAGUUGAUAAUGGAACGAGAGAAGUUUACGGAAGAUUUAGAAAUGUCAAAAGGGCAAUCCCUUCAAAAGGGAAAUCCAUUUUUAAGAUGUGUGAGCCUAUUUUUCUCUCUUGCUUUCUGUGAAUUGUGAUCCCCUGUAGUCUAAUUCAAUCUUAAGCCUGGUCUUAUGUUUAUAAAAAAUUGAGAUUCAUAGGUACU